AUGACGAGGCGACUGAAAGAAAUCGAGGAACAACUCUACUCGAGCAACGAUUACUCGAAACGGGGAAAACGAACCACAGAGAAGAAAAUCGAUUCAUUCGUUGAGGACAUGGCCACGCCGGUUGCAGGGAAAUGGUUGGAUUCGCUGAAACCCAUACCGGCGGAAUCGACGUGA